AUGGAAUCAAGGCUACCAGCGUACACUCCUUCUGUGGGUACUCCUCGUAAAGAAUCUGCUAAUGAUACUGUAUCCUUUGCGGGAGGUAUGCCUACUGAUAAGUUUGUUACUCAGCGUGUCAAGGCUCCAGAAGUCAGUAAGGCCAAAUAUAGUGGACCUUCUCAAAGAUAUCCUGGGAUUGACAACGUUGAUGCCAAUGUUUCUGAUGAACACUGGCAGGUUCCUAGAUUGAGUUCUGCAAGAAAGCCUGCGUCUGUAUAUAAGGCAGACCCGAGGUUACAAGGUAGUCCAUAUACUAAGUCCCCUAUGGAUGAGGGUCCUAGAUUUGGGCAACCACCUAUGACUACUGAUUCGAAGAGAGUGCCUACUGUGGUUUCGCUGGGUUCAAGGUUUAUGAAUAUUGCUACUGAGAAUCCGGUGAAAGCUCAAGCUAGGCAUAAUUUGGGUUAUCGUAUGCCCAAGAGAGGAUAUCUGGCUUCCUUUUGGUCACUACCACCGUCAUGGCAACGUGAGAGACCUUCUGAUCUACCAGUGAGUGGUACUGACGAAGAACUAACUCUGGGCCAACUUGACUUCGUUAAAGACCGUGUUGACCAAGCUUCUGCGAAAUUGGUAUCACAGGUGAAGAAACUGCGUAGUGGUCCGUACAAGGGUGCUACUGAUAAGAGAUCUUGGGCUACUGUGGAGCGUGAGAUUAUUGAGCACUUGAAUAAAGCGUCUCUCAAUAUUGCUCGUGUUCAUAUAUUAUAUAUGUUAGAAUGUCUGGAGGAGCAGCUCAACGACAAGAUGAUGAACCGCCUGGGUGCAGAGAACUUCCUGGACGGUGACCAUGUUGAACUACUCUAUACUCUAUGGAAUUUGUUCGAUGAACAAUUUCGUUCUGAGUAUGCUCCAGAGGCUGAGAGUGAUAAGAUGGAAGCUCUUAAGAAGAAUGUUAAGGAAUCUCUACCUGAGUUCCUGUUUUGGUUACAGAGUAUCUUUUUUAGUGUCGAGAUUGAGACAUCUACUACUAUUGUAAAUGCUACUAAGAUGACUCGGAUGAGAUCAGCGUUGCCAGAAGCUGAUGUACAGUUCCUGCGUGAACAUUUUGAUCGUCGUCUCAAUUAUGAUGCUUUGGUAACCAGGGUUACUGAGUACUUUUCAAAUCCUUUGGAUAAGAAACAGUAUGAGACUUAUGUCAGAAAUUACAAUGCUGUUUGGAAAUCUGACAAGACUACUGGGUAUUCUAAUGCCAACAUCAACUUGGUGGAGACUAAUGAUGCUCAGAAACUGGUGAAUCCUACUGUGUCGAUGCAAAAUAAGAAGCAAGAUAAGGGUCACCAGAAGACGGUAGUUACUACCCAACAGAGUAAGACUCCAUACUCUGAGUCACUCUCGAGGCCUGUAUGUUUAAGAUGUGGAAAAGCUGGUCACAUCUCUUCAAUGUGCACUGCAGACUAUGUUAUGAAGUCUAAUAGGUGUUUUAACUGUG